AUGGCGGCAAAACUGGCAAAGCCAGAUGCUGGCGAAGACUUCGAGAUCGUUGCUAGAGAUACUGUCCCUGCCCCAGCUACUGAGAGCUUGCUGUCAAUCCAGCAACAAAUCGACAGCAUCCGACAAUGGCUCCAGCCAACAGAAUUCAUGUCGCCAGGAAAUGAGUUCAUGAAGCAUCUCAACGCAUACGUUCCCAACACUGGCAACUGGGCACGCGAGUCGGGUGCCUUCAGCGCCUGGGCAGCCUCCUCAGGGCCAGAAAAUGCCCAGGGUUGUCUACACAUUCGCGGCGUUGCCGGCAGCGGUAAGUCGGUAUUUGCGGCCAGCACCAUCCGCCAGCUAAAAGAAGCUGACUCGGCGGUCCCUGUGCUCUUUUUCUUCUUUCGUCAGAUUGUGGAGAAGAACCAUAGUGCCAAAUACUUGGUGCGCGAUUUCGUCUCGCAGCUCCUACCGUACAGCGCGUCUCUUGUGUCUGACCUUGGUGUCAUGUCAAAAGCCCGCGGUGUUGCCGGCAGCGAACUCGGGGAGCUAUGGCAGGCACUGGUCCGGGCUCUUGAUGGGUUAGACAGAGCCUACUGCAUUGUGGACGCUUUGGAUGAGAUGGACGACGAGUAUUUCGACUUUAUCCAGCAGUUGUUGAAGCUCGGGUCACGCAAGCCACAUGCCACAAAGGUAUUAAUGACAAGCCGGCCUUUGCCUCGUAUCGAAGAGGCUCUGAGACAUCCUGGGGUUUUGCAGCUCAAAUUCGAUUCAUCACUGAUCCAGCCGGACGUUGCCAAGUACGUUGCUACGCGACUCGAGUGUCUGGAGCCUCGUCUCAGCAAAGUGAAUGAAGAGCUGGUCAAGAACGCCAUUUGUAAGCGGGCCGAGGGCCUUUUCAUCUAUGCGCGUUUCGUGACGGAUACUCUGAUUGAGGGACUAGACGCGUCACAUUAUACUGAGGCAACGCUACUUGAUGAUCUGCAGAAUCUCCCGCACAGUCUCAGAAAUGUCUAUGAGGAUAUGCUCCGGGAGCACGCGCGACGGAGCGGAGUAAGUACUGAGCAACAGGCACGCAUUCUCACGUGUGUGACAUAUUCAGCACGGCCAAUGCGCCUCAUUGAGCUCGGAUCAAUCGUGGCCCUUAUGCCUGGCAACGACAAGGACGAUCUCAAGAAGGCAAAGGAUCUCGUGCGGGCCAGUUGCGGUAGACUUCUGGAGAUACUUGAAGAUGACACUGUCAGCAUCAUACAUCACUCGUUCACAGAGUUCCUGCAUGACGCCAGCCGGGGCUCGUGUCCCGGUGCCUUUCCGGUACUGACACCCGAGGCCGCGCAUGGAAUGCUGGCCAUCAUCUUUCUGGAAUUCAUGGACAUUUGUCCGCUAGUCCUAACAGAUGCAGACGCAGAGGGCGGGGAGAGUUACGAAUCGUUUGACGAUCCGGGUGACAUGAUGGCGAUAUCGGAUAGGCGACGGCAGCAGAUGCAGGAUAUGCAAAUCGAGCACCCUCUGAUCGAUCUCGCUCUGGGUAACUUGUUGCAUCACCUAGUUGAAGCCAGGGGGAACACAGAUGAUGUGAUGACCGCGCUCGACAAGUAUCUUGUCCCCGGCAGGCCAGCAUGGGGCUUGAUGAUGAUGCGUUUCUGGAAGGGGCGCUUUUGCGGCUCCUUCAAUAGGAUUCAUUUGGCCACCGUCCUCAAUUUUCCAUUUUAUUGUUUUGAGCACUUUGUUGCAUUGGAACAAAACCGCAAUGCCGCGCUCAUUGAUGCUCGCGAUGGCGAAGGCCGUACACCUCUUUCAUAUGCGGCGCAGGAGGGCAAGACCCACGUCGCCAGGCUACUGCUUGAAUGCGAGGCCGAUCCGAAGUCGGAUUGCCGCAACGGUAUGACCCCUUUACAUUACGCUGUGAAGGCCGGCCACUCCGAAGUCAUGAAGCUGCUAUUGGAUGCAGGGGUAAAUCCGUUGAUUGAGAAGACAAAACCCUCGAUCUAUAGCAUGUACCACUUUUACACCUCGGACAAGGGAGACACUGCGCUGAAGUAUGGCCUACGUGGUGACGACCCCAACGUUGUAGCCGCCUUGAUUCCUUAUAUCCCUCCUGACGACUUUGACAAGUCGUUGUCUAGGGUACGCAAGCCAAUCAAUGUCGAGGCCAUAUUGCGAACUGGAAAGGCCAACGUUGACUCGUUCCUAAACGGGGUAACAAAAUUUUACAUGGCAGCACAGCGCCAUGAACUCGAGAUAAUGAAGAUCCUUCUUCAACAUGGAGCUGACCCAAACAAACGUUGUGCCCUGGACGAUUUCCGGGAUUCGUUCGGUGAGGUUAAAACUGCCUCGGAGCUUGAUGAGACAAGCACUCUUCAAGGUCCCACGCCUCUGCACGGAUUUGCGGGACGUGAUCAUAAGCUAUACAUAGGAGACAGCGAUGAAGAGAAGACUAGAAAUGCGAAAGAGUGCUUUUCUCUUCUCUUGAAGCAUGGCGCCAAUGUCAACGAGACCACACGCGGGAACAAUGCGGCGAAUAUGACCCCUCUUCAUUUUGCUGUACGGAAAGAUCGAGACUCUUCCAUCUUCUCUUUCAUGAGUGACAGCAACAAGUUCAAUCAAGUCGUAUCAAAGUUGCUCCUUGAUGCUGGCGCAGAGGUCAAUGCGAUGAAUGGAGAUGGCAAUACUCCACUUCAUCUUGCCAAUCCAGAAAACACCAAACUCAUAAACCUACUGAUCAAACGCGGCGCAGAUCUGAACGCAAAGAAUAACGCAGGUCGAACCCCGCUGUUGGAAAUGAUGUGUGGUUUAUACUGGGCCAAGCCCAAGGUCCUGACAAUGGAGGUCUUGGGCGGUCACGGGAAGAACUGUGAUGCUGCAGACAACCGUGGCAACAACUUGUUUCAUUAUGUCAUGAGAAACUUGACCAAGUUUACCAAGAAACACAUUCCCUUCUUCCGCUUGGCACUACAAGGCUCGGAGGAUGCCAUUAACAAGCGUGAUGAGAAGGGAGAAUCGCCUAUUUUGAAAUACACAGCCGAAUCAGUCAGCAGCUAUGAUCUGACGCCGCGCGACCAGAAAGAACUGCUUGAAGAUUUUAUCCGAGCAGGAUUGGAUCUCAAUAUGCGUGACAACGACGGAAAGACGGUUCUCUGGCGUUUAAUAGACAACCACACAGCAAAGAUCAAGGCUUUUACCAUGUUGGUUGGCCUGGGAGCCGAUCCCAAGAUCCGUGCCAACGAUGGUACAACACUAUUCCAAGCUGCGCAAAAGCGUGGGCUCAAGACUGAAUGGCCGCGCCUUCUCGCGUCAUAUGGCGUCGACUGUGCAAGCUAUGAUGAAAAUGGAAAUAACCUCAUCCAUUCUCUUUUCGCCAGCAUGCGCACUGACCGGAUCACAAAAGAGAGCUUGAACUCUUUUCACGCCUUGCUCGAAAUGGGUGUCCCACACAUGGCGAAGAAUAAGAAUGGAAAGACGGUCAUCGAUAUACUCGCAUCUCUUAAAUAUGGAGGGAUUUCUGACCGCUCUGGAUGGCUCAGAUACGUGCUCCAGGCUGAUGAAUUCCGUGGCCUUGAUGUCGACGGGCCCGAUGCCAAGGGCAUUGCACCCAUCCACUCUGCAGCGGGUCGAUCCGAGUGCAAUGUAGAGAUACUACUGGAGGCCGGGGCCGAUCCAACUGCAAUCACAGUCGACGGUCUAUCGCCGUUACAUAUUGCGGCAAUGGAGAGACAGCCUAAUGUUGUAGGCCGCUUACUAACAUGGUAUCAAGACCAUGAGGUUCUGAAGGAACAAAUCAACCUGCCAACCAACAACAAUGGCCGCACUCCCUUGCACUACGCCUGCCGCUCAGGACGACCCGAAAGCGUCUGGAAUCUCCUACGGCAUGGAGCCGAUGCCGGGAUUGAAGACCAAUCUGGCAUGACACCUCUUCAUGUCCUUGCAGAGUUCCAAAAAGCAAACGAUGGAUUGUAUGGUGACAAUGAUGAAAGGACGGUUGACAUUGUCCGGCUACUCUUGGAUGCGGGAGUUGAUCUUGAGACCAAGGUAAAUCGUCAGGAUGGGAUAAAGAUGACUCCAAUGGACUUGGCUCUUCAGAAUGGAUGCUUGGAGAUGGCGAGAGAGCUACGAAGGAGGGGGGCCACCGCACCCCCUGAGAAGUUGGCUCUAUUGGACGACUUUCCUCGGACCUUCACACCAGAUGAGCACGGUGGGACCAUCAGAUCUGCAUUGAAUAAAGGGGAAUAUGAGGCGAUCAAGCACUAUUUACUUGAGGAUAGUGAUAGGCUGUACGCCAUAUCGGAUAUCGUAGAAUGGGGCCACCUGGAUCUCUUGGAGCACUUUGCGGGUGCCAUUAAGAAAGAUGAGUUGGUGGUAUUGUCACCUUCAAACGACGCCUUUGACGAAACCCCGGAUGACGUCUCAAAUAACGACUCAGAUCACGACUCAUAUGACGCUCCAGUAUACCACACAACGUUUAGCCGAGUGUGCGACCGGCAACUCCCGAGCCUGCACAUCAUUCAAGCCCUUGUCGAAAAGGCCGGCCUCGAUGCCACAACCAUCAACAAAGCCUAUGUAUCUCCGACAAUUUUGGCCAAAGCUACGCCCUUGCACAAUUUGGCGCGCGGGCACCAUUACUGGCAGGCAGAAGCGCUCGAGUACCUCUUAGCACUAGGGGCUGAUGCCGAAGCAAAGGCACCUGAUGGAGCGACACUACUCGUGACGGCACUGCGAUCCUCUGGUUUCUGGAAAGAGGAGACAGUGCGGGUUUUGCUCAAGUACAAAGCUGACCCUCAAGCCGUCAAGUCAAAAACAGGUCAAAGUUGUCUAGCCUUGUCGGACUCGGCCGGGAUCACAAGAGCACUGCUUGAGCACGGAGCGAAACUUGGAGACCAAACUUCCAUCUUGCAAUCAGCUGUCAAGAAGAUGGAUGCAGAGAUGGCUGAGGCUCUUAUCGAGGCUGGUGCAGACCCGAACUAUAUUGAUAAAGAAGCAGCGAUCACCCAGUGGCAGACGCCAGAGGGCGAGAGCCGACCCGAACCUGUCGAAGAAUUCGAGGAUACCCGGCAGCGAAUCCGAGACUUCAAUCAGCGUCAAGAGCGUGAGACGAACAUGGUGCGAUAUUUUCUGCACAGUGCUGCCCGACCCGUUACUGUAGACCACCAGCCCAUGUUCUGGGACGAGCAUCGAGACGCCUUGGUUCGCGUUUUGCUGGACGGAGGCGCGGACCCGUGGGCUACCUAUGCUAAUGGAGAUACGGUGGUCCACAGAGUCAUCCACGACAAAGGACUCGUUGCGCCUCUUCUAGACGGCCUGAACUGUGAUCUAAACUGCCGCGGCCAGAAUGGUCAGACACUGCUCAUCUCGGCCUGUCGUCCAGCCAUUGCCCCCGAACCACCGAUAUACUCGUCACGCAACCCUCCUUAUCCACUUGCCAAUACUGAUGCCAUUCGGCUGCUACUCGCUCGUCAUGUCGACGUCUUUUCAACAGACGAUGGAAAUCGUACGGCACUACAUUGGAUGCUAACAUCCGGCCGGCGUUUUGACAACGCCGAACAGGAAGCAUUCACAGCGCUCGUGGAGCGAGGUGGCCAGAAACUGGUUAUGACAGCGGACGACAAUGGCGUCUUACCGCUACACCUUGCGCUAGCAUCUGGCCAGUUUGGAGCUGUCUGGUGUCUGCUGGCCCAUAGCGCAAAUGUGUCGAGCCCCAACCCGUUGACAGGUGACACGGCCCUUCAUCUUGUUGUACGCAGAUUGGUAGGCGAGACCGGCGCAGCAGCCGAGGCAGCGGAGCUAUGGACGCACCUUGUCAAUCUUGGCCUUGACAUCAAUGCACAGAACCAUGUCGGCUAUACGCCGGCCCUCGCCUUCUCCCGCGCUGGCUGGAGAGGUACCCGCGACCCAGACUACGUAUUACCUCAUCCUUACUACGCGAUGCACCACGAUACUACGCACUGCACUACCUUGGCGCUCUUGGUCGACGCUGGUGCCAAUCUCAUGGCCGUGAACCACGAAGGGCAAGGCAUGCUCCAUUUGUUGGCGGGGCGGCGCAUCGGCAACCCCAACGGCGCGGGUCGAGAUCAGGUCAAGGAUAUAGAAGACUUUUUCGAGAGAUUGCUCGAGCUCGGGCUGGAUCCACGGCUUGAGGACAAGGCCCUGCGCACGCCUAUCGAUUUGGCGGUGGCUAGGAAUCAGAGGGGAAUCCUCGAAAUCUUUACGCCCAAGGGCAGAAACCGAUCGGAAGAAAAGGUGAUGAAGCUGGCAAAGUAUGGUGGCGAUGAAGAUGACGAGAGCGAAGAGGACGAAGACGAUGUAGGGAUUUUUGACUAG